AUGGAUACUUCAGAUGCGCGACAUGAGGAGCUCCUAGCUCUAGAGAGACGCCGGGAGCGGAACCGCAUCGCGCAACGAAGACACCGAGACAAUGUCAGGAAGCGAUUAAGAGAAUUAGAGCUCGAUAGUAAUACCAGUCCGACGGCUUCGGGUCAACGAUCUCGCCGUACCUCGCGCGAAACACAUUCCAAGAGAGGCUCGCGGCGCAGUUCCCAGUCGCCCGGUGCUUUGGAGCUUGGGCUUCCCGAUCCCCAGUCCGAUGCGCCGCCCCAGGAAAUCACACUCCACAGCAUGGUGCUACCAGACGGCACUUAUCCCGGUAGCGAUGGGGCGUUGGCCUCCACCUACGGGUCCUCCAGCUCUCCAUCCUCGUCCGUUGGGCAUACGUCGUACUCCCCGUCAACAGAUUACCUGAAUUGUCUGGAACAGUCGGCAACGGACGGUACGGUUACUACGACUACUAUGAGCGGGACGCAGAUGCCAUCCACAUAUGAUCCCUUCGCCCUAUCCCAGCAAUUCGACCCUGUCUACGGGACCUGCAGCGAGCCAGGGUUCCAGGUAUGUGCCGAAGAAGGCACGGUGCGGCUAUGCGACGUCGACAUGCAAAACCUGGUGCCGACUAUUCUAGAAGCUCAAACUUACGGGGGUCUCUUACCACCGAUGUCCUCCAUGGUCAACGCGCAGACUAUCCCGGCGGCGACGGGCGGCCCCAAUACCAUUCACCGGACGAAGUUCGGCGAGGUCCCGAGCGCCUCGACGCCGGGACACAUGCCCUGGACGACGCCGCUGCAUAUGGCCGUUGCGCGAGGGAAUCUGUCUAUGGUGCGUCUGCUUCUGGAACACGGAGCGGACGUGAACGCCGUCAAUAGCGAAGGAGCGACGGCCCUGCACGCGGGAGUCACUAGUGGGCAUAGUGUGAUCGUGAGCGAGUUGUUCAAGCGGGGCGCUGAUCCUACGCUCACAGAUGCAGCGGGUUGGCUGCCACUGCAUUACGCGGUGGAUGCGGGAGAUGAGGAAUGUUUACGGGUACUGCUGGAGAUCGAAAAGCGGUGA